AUUAGAUUUUUCUUUUGGAUAAGUCCCUUUCAAGUUUCAAUAUUAUAAACACCAACGUAAUUACAUUAAUUAAUACGGAGUAUUAGCAAUAAAUAAUCGUACAAUAUUACUAAAAUCUCGCAAUACUUUUCUUUAUUACAAACAAAAAUUAAAAAUUAAAAAAAAAAUAAAAAUCACUUUUUCUUCUCUCUCUUAUAUAUCCUCCUCCUCCAUCACACCCCUACUUAAAGCCUUAAACACACACAGAGAGAUUGAUACAGAGAAAAUUCAGAGAGAGAGAAAAAAAAAAGUAAUAAUAAAAUCCAAAAAUAGUGGAAAUGAAACCCGAAAACGACGUCGUCGGAUCAACCACCGACAGACCGCGGCAAACCGUCGUCGCACUAAUCAGUUUCUUCACCGGCGCAUUUUUAAUGUCGGCAUUUCUAACCGUGGGCCACCGUGAUUGGCCGUCGUACCUCCUAUCUCUCCGGCCCAAGCCCAUGAUCUCCGGUCCAAGCCCAACAACUCCGAUCCAACUUCAGACAAUCCUCCACUACGCCACGUCAAAGGUGACCCCACAACAAUCUCUCCAAGAAAUCACUCAAUCAUUCAACGUUCUUAAAUCUUGUAAAUCUCCUUGUAAUUUCCUUGUUUUUGGGCUGGGCUACGAUUCCCUAAUGUGGGCCUCGUUUAACCCGACUGGGCCCACUUUGUUUCUGGAAGAAACUCCUGAGUGGGUCACCACUGUUUUGAAAGACGCGCCGUGGUUAAACGCCAAAACGGUGUCGUAUCGCACGCGACUUAAGGAGGCUGACCAGUUACUUGCGAGUUACCGGCACGUGCCUGAGUGUUUACCUGGAAGAGCCUAUUUAAAGGGUAACCGGAAGUGCCGGUUAGCUUUGGAGAAUUUACCGGAUGAGGUGUAUGAGAGAGAGUGGGAUGUUAUUAUGGUCGACGCGCCUAGAGGGUAUUUUGCGGACGCGCCAGGGAGGAUGGCCGCGAUUUAUUCCGCGGCCGUCAUGGCACGUGCGAGGAAGCGCGUGGGGAACACACACGUGUUCUUACAUGAUGUGGAUAGGAAGGUUGAGAGGGAGUUUGCUAAGGAGUUUUUGUGUAUGAAGUUUAAGGUUGGUGGUGUUGGGAGAUUGUGGCAUUUUGAGAUACCUCCUAAUAAUAGCACUAGUAGCACCACAUUUUGUGAUUAGUAUACAAAUGUUAUUUUUAUCUUGGUGUAGUAGGUAUUGUUUUAUAAAUGACCUUAUGAUUAGUAUAGAGGUAAGGUUGUGUAUAACUGAAUUGUCUAUUCAGAUGUAUCGAGAUGAUAUUGAUAUAUGAGAGAAGUUGUGAUAGUCAUACUUGGACGGAUGAGUUUUCUUAGAUAUUCGGUGAUGUCCGGAUUGAUCUAUCCUAGCCUCUUUCUUGAAUAAAGUUUGAAUCUUUAUUAUUGUC